CCCUUCGACGACCAAGAGACGUGUGCGAUUUGGCAGUACCGCCUGUGGCGAAGGUCACGAGGGGCCGUACUAUGGAGGUCGGCUGUGAGCGAUCGCCAAGGUUGGACGACAGUCUCGAGCGAGAGCAUCAUGCAAAGGAGGGAAUGCCUGGUGGUGGAGAGCGCGGGGAACUGGUUAGAGGCCAAGGAGAGGGGCUGGCAGAUGGCUUGAAGGGGAGCAGUCGGGGAUCGAACCUGGGUGGAAUGGCGGUCAGUCGAAGAGGAAUAGAACGUCGGGCAUCCAAACAAGAUGAAGCUCUGGGGGAGAACCUGGUCACGGUUGAUUCAACCUUGGAGGAACACUUCCAUGAGGUGGAACGAUUCGAACGGAGGCUCAUCCCUUGCGAGGACGAUUUAGCACAGCCCUCUCGCCAGUCAGGGGCGGUAUUUGCGAAUACGCCUAGCGCCGUAGCUGUGGGCGAAGCAGAGGUCCCGACAGCUGAUGGGGUGAUGACAGUGGGGAGACGGCCCAAGUCGAUGAAGUGGUACUUUCUGAGCAUAGGGGAGUCGUCGCAGGGCUUCGUAAAGCAUCAUGUUCAUAAGGAUGCUGCGCUGAAAGGAGAG